CAUUCCUCUUGUCGAAUUCUAUGAACUGUGAAGACGUAAAAUCUUUGUUCGAAGAAGUGAAAAAAAUCGCUCCCAGGCUUAACAUCCAAAAGUAUUCCUAUCCGACAAAGCCGUCUUUCUACAAUGGCUUCAAGGCCAUUGAUGUUCGCGAUCCUCUUGCCAAAACCCUCUCGGAACUUCUACGAAUAGCCGAUGAGGCGCAGUUCCAAAAUCGCUUGACAGAAUUAUUGAGUUUUCUUGAUCAGAAGGGGCAAUAAUC